AUGGAGUCAACAAAAUUCGUUGAAAUCAGUAGUGACAGUGAUAUUGAUGAGGGAGACUUAUCGGCACAGUCGAACCAGAGGGGAAAUGACAGUUUAGACGUGGAUUCGAUUUCGGAUCUGGAUCCCGACGAGAUUGUGAAGGAGAUACCGAUAUACUUGUCGCAACAACUUUCGAAUAAACUUUAUGUCGUUCAAUUUCCUGUCAGACCGAGUGCGAAUCCAUACGUAGGUAAAAAUACACCACGCGAAGCACGGUACAAACCACAAUCGGAUAAGCUUGAGCUCGACAUUCCAUUGCAAACAAAUUCUCUAUGGUAUAAUCGUGAUAGAGGCGAGGAAUUGAUGUUGGGUCUUAAUGAUAAAGAAGCACAAACCAUUUACGAUCGAACAUGGAAGCGCGAUCAAUCAGAUGGGCUGUUGGAUAAGCAAACAUUGCAAUCUACGGUUGUCCCGCCACAAGCGAAUUACUGGAUGGGUGUGAUGAAGGAUGGUGGCCUUUGCUUAACACCGGUUCGCACCACAUUACAAUUACGCCCGGGACUAAAGUAUCUGGACAAGAUCGAUGAAAAAAAUAAAAAUGCGAAUAAAAAAGCACAAGUUCUGGAGGAAGAAGAGUUUACGAAUGCCAAAUCCACCAACGAUGACCCAGGCGUUGGUUCCAGUAAAAGCAGGGGAACAGGGAAAGGGAAGGCUCUUGGGGGUGCAACCGUAGACCGGACUUCAGAUAAAUCAAUGUUAAAGAAAAAUUCUCGACCAAAGUCCCAAGGAUUAGGGGAUGAAGAAACAUGGAUAAGGAUGAAAUACUGUGAUGCUGAAUCCAUUGAAACCGCUGACAUAUUUGAUCGCAUUCACGCUGUACAGACCGACCCAUUGACAUGCAAGACGACGAACAUGAGCGAAUACUUGGAUCAGAUUAGCGCUUUUUCCAAAGAAUCAACAUUGAACCCUGAAGAGAACCGACAGCAGUCUGACAUGUAUAAAUAUGAUCGAAUAUCUACUUCCGAUUUGACAUUAUCUGCUGAGACAUUGCCCACAAAACUUCAACUCAGCGAUACAGUCAAAACGGUACCCAGAAAUCAAAGUCAAAGGGGUACCAAGGCUUCAAGAGGAUCAAGAGGGUCAAGGGGUAGUGUUACGAGAGGGAAGAAAGGUCAGGUUCAACGUGGAAAAGGCAACUGA